UCCCCAAACCUAAGCGUUAUCGGCACAGUGCUGAAGCGGUAACGAAGCCAUCAACAUGGCUUUUUGUCUCCGGAUGGCCGUGUGGGCUCUUGCCCUCACCCUGAUGGCAGUUACAACGGUGGCUGACUCCGACUAUGGGCAUAGCAGCUACGAUGACCAUGGGGGGCAUGGAGGUUAUGGCCACGACGAUUAUGGGCAUGAUGUUGGCUAUGGCAAAGGCCACGAUGACGGAUAUGGCAAGGGUCAUGGUGGAGGAUAUGGCAAAGGCCAUGAUGACGGAUAUGGCAAAGGUCAUGGUGGAGGAUAUGGCAAAGGCCAUGACGAUGGAUACGGCAAAGGUCAUGGUGGAGGAUACGGUAAAGGCCACGAUGACGGAUAUGGCAAAGGUCAUGGUGGAGGAUAUGGCAAAGGCCAUGACGAUGGAUACGGCAAAGGUCACGGUGGAGGAUACGGCAAAGGCCACGAUGACGGAUAUGGCAAAGGUCAUGGUGGAGGAUAUGGCAAAGGUCAUGACGAUGGAUACGGCAAGGGUCACGGUGGAGGAUAUGGCAAAGGCCACGAUGACGGAUAUGGCAAAGGUCAUGGUGGAGGACAUGGUGGAGGCUAUGGCAAAGGACACGGAGGUGGUUAUGGUCAUGGUGGAGGACACGGCGGAGGAUAUGGCAAAGGCCAUGGAGGGGGAUAUGGUAAAGGUCAUGGUGGAGGCUAUGGCAAAGGACAUGGAGGAGGCUAUGGCCAUGUUGGAGGAUAUGGCAAAGGACAUGGUGGAGGAGGAUAUGGCAAAGGUCAUGGAGGAGGUUACGGCCAUAGCGGAGGCUACGGAAAAGGACAUGGUGGAGGCUAUGGCAAGGGGCAUGGUGGAGGAUAUGGCAAAGGUCAUGGAGGAGGUUAUGGCCACAGUGUGGGUUAUGGCAAAGGACAUGGAGGAGGAUACGGCAAAGGACAUGGUGGAGGAGGAUAUGGCAAAGGACAUGGUGGAGGAGGAUAUGGCAAAGGACAUGGUGGAGGAGGAUAUGGCAAAGGACAUGGUGGAGGAGGAUAUGGCCAUGGCGGAGGCUACGGAAAAGGACAUGGUGGAGGAGGAUAUGGCAAAGGACAUGGCGGAGGUUACGGAAAAGGACACGGUGGAGGAUAUGGCAAGGGACAUGGUGGAGGAUAUGGCAAAGGACAUGGUGGAGGCUACGGCCAUGGUGGUGGACAUGGCGGAGGUUAUGGAAAGGGCCACCACGGUGGAGGAUACGGACAUGGCGGAGGAUAUGGCAAAGGCCAUGGAGGAGGAGGCUACGGCAAGGGACACGGCGGUGGACAUGGAGGCUACGGUUAUGGUGAGUAUCGUCAAGAAAAUCUAUCGUUUUCGGCUGACUUCUUAUAAUCAAGUUUUCUAAUCAAGGCAAUAGGUUCCAUGUUUCCCCUGUCUAUGUUUCUACUACUCCUUAUAGGAGUUACAAUAAUAUUUUCUAAAUACUAACCAUAGCCAUUUUAUUUAGUAUUUCAAGAGUCUAUGUCUGGAAUUAAUAGAGAUCUUAAUUACUUGUAUUAGUCUUUUGGAGAACAAAAAUAUUUUUUAAUACAUACUAUAGUCAUUUUACAUAGCAUUUCAAGACUCUAUGUCCGGAAUGACUAGGGCUCUUAAUUACGUGUACCAGUCAUGUACUAUUUCUCUUUCCAGGUUACCAUUAAGAUGGAAAUGGUUGCUGGUUCAGUCAUUUCCCUUAAUAAAGUGUUGUUACUAUGUA